AACGUCUCUCAGAGUUGUGCACUGGGAAGGAUCCAGGGACGUAAAGAUCCAGAAGGGGGAAAAAAAAAUUCGCGUUCGUUGAGCUAUUUUUCCUCCUUUUACAAAUAAGGAAUCUGAGGCACAGCGAAGGAGUGGGUUUCCCCUUUGCAGCUUGUUUGGUGCUGGAAGGGCGUUUGAGAGGUCUUCAAAGAAGAGUGCGAAACAGCUUUUUCCAUUGAAGUUCUGCCACACAAAAUGAGAAAAAAAAAUUUCUUUUUAAAGUAGCCAAGUCAUCAGCUAUUCGCCCUACUCUAGUCCCUCUGACUCUUCAUUAUUGAAAUUAUCCUACUUCCUGCUGCAGGGGGCGCGGAGGCUCCCGGGAGCUCUUGUCGAACCCCACAGGCCCCACCGAGGACGAGCUAAUGCCUUCGGCUUCCACACACAUGGGGGAAAAGAUCCCUUCUGUUACAGACAGACUGCGUCUGAUUCCGUCAAGGACCGAGCUAACUCUGAAGCGAAGAAGCGCAUUCUACGCGGCCGCAAAGGAAGGCCCUCCACAAGGGCUGGACGCCCCCGAGGCGACGAACCAACCGCUGGGGAGCUGCCCCGCUGGUUCGCGGCUGCGGGGGUGGGGCGGAGCUUCCUCACCUGCCUGGGCCGGGGGGGCGGAGCUUCCGUGCUCGCGCGGGCUGAGCCGGGGCGGGGUGGAGCUCUCCGCCACCAGCCCUCCCCGGGUCCCGCUACUGCGCAUGGCACGUUGCGUACCUUCUCCCCCACCCCCUCCCACCCCCCAGCAACCGGCCUGGCUGCGCGGCCCUAAACUCAGGAGGCGGAGCUGAGACGGGGUCGGGACUGCUUGCUAACUCCAAGACCAGAGCAUGGGCUUUGGAACAGAUCUAACAAGUCCUCUACCACUUGCCUGUGGGGAAUUUGGGGCAUUUAACCUCUUUGAGCUUUAAGUUCCUGAUCUGUAAAACGAGGAUGAUAGUACUUAUUGUGAGCUGAUCUCUGUGAAGCGUUUGGCACAGAUCCUUGCACAUAGUUUAAAUUUUUGAAAUUGAAGUAGGUCUACACAUUAGGAACUCAUGUCUUUUCUUGUAAGUAAACCAGAGCGAAUUAGGACCAAUGAGGCGAGCUCAGAGUCGAUAGCAUCCCUGUCUAAACAGGAGAUCAUGAGUAGCUUCCUGCCGGAAGGAGGGCGCUAUGAGCUACUCUCUGUCAUAGGCAAAGGAUUUGAGGACCUGAUGACAGUGAAUCUAGCAAGGUACAAACCGACAGGAGAGUACGUGACGGUACGAAGGAUUAACCUGGAAGCUUGUUCCAAUGAGAUGGUGACAUUCUUGCAGGGGGAGCUUCAUGUCUCUAAACUCUUCAGCCAUCCCAAUAUCCUGCCAUAUCGAGCCACCUUUAUUGCAGACAAUGAGCUGUGGGUUGUCACAUCAUUCAUGGCGUAUGGUUCUGCAAAGGAUCUCAUCUGCACACACUUCAUGGACGGCAUGAAUGAACUGGCGAUUGCUUACAUCCUGCAGGGGGUGCUCAAGGCCCUGGACUACAUCCACCACAUGGGAUACGUACACAGGAGCGUCAAAGCCAGCCACAUUCUGAUUUCCUCGGAGGGAAAGGUCUACCUGUCUGGUUUACGCAGCAACCUCAGCAUGAUCAGCCAUGGGCAGCGGCAGCGUGUGGUCCACGACUUUCCCAAGUACAGUGUCAAGGUUCUGCCUUGGCUCAGCCCAGAGGUCCUCCAGCAGAAUCUGCAGGGUUACGAUGCCAAGUCUGACAUCUACAGUGUGGGAAUCACAGCCUGUGAGCUGGCCAAUGGCCAUGUCCCCUUUAAGGAUAUGCCUGCCACCCAGAUGCUGCUGGAGAAGCUGAAUGGCACCGUACCCUGCCUGCUGGACACCAGCACCAUCCCUGCCGAGGAGCUGACCAUGAGCACCUCACGCUCAGCAGCCAACUCUGGCCUGAGUGACAGCCUGGCCACCAGCACCCCCAGGACCUCCAAUGGCGACUCGCCCUCCCACCCCUAUCACCGCACCUUUUCCCCCCACUUCCAUCACUUUGUGGAGCAGUGCCUUCAGCGUAGUCCAGACGUAAGACCAAGUGCCAGUACCCUCCUGAACCACUCUUUCUUCAAGCAGAUCAAGCGGCGCGCCUCAGAGGCCUUGCCUGAGUUACUUCGCCCUGUCACCCCCAUCACCAGUUUUGAGGGCAGUCAGCCUCAGGAUCACAGCGGGAUCUUUGGCCUGGUAACAAACCUGGAAGAGCUGGAGGUGGACGACUGGGAGUUCUGAGCCUCCGAAGAAGGUGCACGUUCUCAGUCCUGGAACAUGUGAGCCUCAGGGGCCCUUUCUGAGGGCCGGCCACACUCCCACCCUCCCGGGUGCAGGUUGGGUAGAAAAGACAUUUCUGCCAGGAGAGUUGGCCGCUUACUCACUGGGAGAGAAAUUCUUGGAGAGAAACCUUUUUUACUGCUCCAGGACUUCUGAGACACCCGGGAAUCCCAGCAACCGGUGAUCAGAGGCCAGAAAUCUGACAUUCCAUCCUGGGAGUUCAGGCAACCUCUUCAGAAGAAAGAGAUGCUGUUCUGGCCCUGGAAGGCUAAAGGCCAAGCCCAGGGUUUGACUCCUUGACCUGGGGACUGUGUGACUUCCUCUUCUCACUGUAGCUGUCCUACCAGCCUAUUGCAUUCUCUCCCUCUGCUCUCAGAUCUUAGAGGUCCGUGGAGGGGUAAGCAAUAGGCCACCUGCCCCCCCUGUCCAGCCCCCAGGCCUCUCCCUGGUAAUUGAAGGGAAGGGCAUUUUUUUUUCUUGUUAAGCACCAGGUCAAGGCUGGGGCAGUCCAUCCUCACCCCUUUCAUCACUUGUGCCCCAACACCUAAAGCCUUCCCAUAGUUCAUCUGUGCAGCUCAUCCCUUUCACACCAUCUUACUGCCUCCUGCCAGCCUCCUUGAGGCUUUCUCCAAGGCCACAGUGUCUUGCCUAGCCUGAGGACUUAAGUCCUUAUGCCACGUUAGUUUCAUUGCCAGAACAAAUUAAACAUUUCAGAGAACCCA